UAUAAUAUGUAUAGCACAUUGGGGUAUAUAAAGGAAGUGAAUUUGCAAUAUUGCGUCAUUCAGAAAAGAACAAGGAGCUUUUAAUGAGCAAUUUUUAACAAAUAAAAUAAGUGCACUUAAAAGAAUAAAAAUGGUGAAGUACGCAAUCGACUGUGAAAUGGUAGGGAGUGGAAACCGUAGUAUCCUGGCGAGGGUCUCUAUAGUUAACGAGAAUGGAACUGUCGUUAUAGACGAGUAUGUGAAGCCAACAUCACAGGUGACUGACUACAGAACCUGCGUCAGCGGCAUCAAAAGGCAACGUUUGGCGAAUGGAAGCGACUUCUCGAAGGUCCAGAAAAUGGUGCAACAAAUGAUCAAUGGUGCCAUCUUGGUCGGGCAUUCUCUGAGUAAUGACCUUGCGGUCUUGGGCUUAUCUCAUCCGGAGCACAAUCGGCGAGACUUAGCAACCUACGGGCCCUUGAAGAGGAAUAACCAACCAGUAGCUCUACAAACCUUGGCUAUGGAGUAUCUAGGAAGGUUCAUACAAGAAGGCGAACAUGAUUCUGUGCAAGAUGCGAAAGCCUGUAUGGAAAUUUAUAAAAAAUUCGCUAACCAGUGGGGAUAGACCCUACUAAUACAGGUACAGUCAACAACAAUGUACCUCAAUUUAUAAUAUUUCGUACAUUUCUUAAUAAUAAUAUGGUCAUACCUAUACAUAUUUGAAAAUAAAAUAGGUAUGUUAUUUCUGUCAUUAUCAUUCUUAAUUGAUUUCUCUGUAAAAGUACAAUUAUAACAAUCUAAUAAAAGUUCAAUAGUUUCAUGUAAA